CAAUCUUCAGUUAAAAAGAAGGCUAAAUUCAUUAAAGGUGUUUACGCACUAGAAAGAGACAUGUUUAAAACAAAAUAAAGACUUAGGACCGCAGUCGCUGCCAUUCCACAGAAGGUAAAGAACGGACUUUGAAAUUUUCCGUCUGUGUUUAGACAGGAUCUCUCGAAAUACCGCUAAAAAAACGAAGUAAUUAUAGAAAAAGUAUUGUAACCAGUGAAGAGGAAGAAAACUGCAACACAUUUGGAGCAAUCGUGUGAGACGCCAUGUCGAAUAAGGUGAAAAUAGUGAUGGUUGGCCCGCCCGAGUGUGGAAAAACAACACUAACAAACUUUCUAAGUGAGUCUGGAGAGGUGGGAAGUGGGGAGUACAGACCCACCAAAGGGUGCAGGAUUCUGGAAUUUGAAAUGCCCAAUGUAACCUAUAACAAUACUGCAGCCAGCGUGGAGGUUGAACUGUGGGAUGUCAGUGGAGAUAGGACCUAUGAGACGUGUUGGCCCGUCAUUCAGCGAGGAGCACAGGGAGUUAUCUUUGUGUACAGCCCCGGGAGAGACGAACAUGCAAGAGUCCUUGAUAACUUAUACACGCACUUUGCUGAACAACAGGGCGUAAGUGAAGCUCAGUGUGUGGUGUUCUGCCACUACAAACCAGGAGCCAAAGGGAAAGGGGCAAAACUUUCUACUUCCUUCAACAAGAUCUCCAAAAUUGACACACACUUGGAUGAUGAUAGUGGAAGUGUGAAGAGAGAUUUCAAUGACUUCAUUGCAUCUGUCAUGGGUCACAUGUCUGAUGUUGUUGAGCGGCAAGAGAACUUUAUAUUGCAGUGAACCUUGGUGUAUUCUUGCAAAUAUAUGAAAAUGUUUUUAGUUCACAUGUGGUUAUCAACAUGCAGUGGGCUCACAUCCAAGCACAGACAUAAAAUUACACAAAAAUACACAUGUGAAGCUAAAUUUGAGCUUCAGGUCUUGUAUCUUUAAACUUAUUGUGUGCACUGACAUUUUUUCUUGUGAUUAUUUAUGUACUUGUAAAAAAAAUUAGAUGCUGUAAUGUAUUUUGGCAAGUCGGUUUCUGCACGUUGUACACUUAGUACAUUCUAGUCCUGUAAUGAAUAUUUAUGCCGUCCAUAAUAAAUUAUAUAUGAAGAA